UUCUAAUACUUUGUGAGGAAAAACUGUCAACCAUAUCCAAAGUGCAGGACCAAAGAGAAGUAAAUAAUGUAUGCUUUUGUUAGAUUCUUUGAAGACGAUAUGUGCUACGCGUUGCCCGUUUCCACAGUGGAAGAUUUCAGACCUCUGCACAGGACAGAUUUUGAUAAUCAGAAGGUGUAUCUGGUUCACAGAACUGAAGAGAAUGGCAGCAGUGCAGGCCAGCCGAGCGAAGCGCAGAUCCUUGCCCUUGCAGAUACAGUAGAGGAAUUUGAAGACAGUAUAAUGCAAAAGAAGAUGAAAAUUCCCAAGAUGUCCAUCACGAAUUCAGGAAACUCAAUUGAGAACAAUUUUGGAGACGAGAGAAUGCCACUCAGACAUAAAAAGGCUCUGUCUCAGGACCACGGACGGCCCCUUUCAAACUCCUCUAAGAGCCUCGCAGCAGUAGUGGCUCGCCUCGAGAGGAACGCAGCCAGCUCCUGUAUGGAGGGAGAGGAAGACCUGGAUGAGGACCGGCUGGGUGAAGAGGGAGAGGAUGCAGACGACGAAGAUGAAGAUAUGGAGGCAGAGCAUCAGCCUCAUCAGCCUCAUCAUCAUCCACCACAGCCACAGCAGCUUCUGGAGGUGGAAACGGACUGUGUGUCUGCAGCGGUGGUUCCCAGAGUCCUGUACGAGGAGCUGGUGCUCAGCUACAGGCAGCAGGAGGAGGAGAUGAGGAGGCUGCAGCAGGAGCUGGAGAGGACCCGCAGGCAGCUGGUGCAGCAGGCCAAGAAGCUCAAGGAGUACGGCAGCUUGCUGACGGAAGUCAAAGAGCUGAGGGACUUCAACAGGAGGCUGCAGGACGUACUACUCAUGAGACUGGGCAGCG